UAAUUAAAAAAAAAAAAAAAAAACCUUAAAAUACAUGUUUAUAUCGAGAGAAAACACAUACAAACACAGCACAGCAAAGCAGCAAACGAAACCAAACCUCUCCGCUGCCUCGUAGAAAUCCAUAAAUUUUAAUUUUCUGCUUCUCCAAGAUAAAACCCAGUUUCUUCCUCGUAACGUAGAACAACUCAAAGAAAAUCGUUAAUCUUUUCUCUCGCAUUUUUAUUUUAUUUUAUUGUAUUUUUUAAUUUUGAUUCGUUUCUUCUUUGGCCUCCUCCAAAUGGUUGUUAUGAUGGAGGAUAAUGAGAGUUGUGGAAGCAGAGUUAAUGAUACAACGACGUCGUCUUCGACUUCGCUGUCGCCGUCGCCUUCACUUGUGCAGGGACGGCAACAGAGACAGAAGCUAGAGGUGUACAAUGAGGUUCUUCGUCGGCUCAAACAAUCCAACAAUGAAGAGGCUAAUCGGCCUGGUUUCGACGAUGAACUCUGGGCUCACUUUCAUCGUCUUCCUACUCGAUAUGCAUUGGAUGUGAAUGUGGAGAGGGCGGAAGACGUACUUAUGCACAAGAGAUUAUUGCAAUUGGCUCAUGAUCCCGAUAAUAGACCUUCCAUUGAAAUCCGCCUAGUGCAGGUUCAUUCUGUUUCUGAUGGGAAUUUAGCUGCUUCUAAGCUUUCAGACUCACCUCAUAAAGGAGAUGCCCAAAAUAGUAGAAAGAGCAUACAUCCACCACCUGCCUUUGGUUCAUCACCUAACCUUGAAGCGCUUGCACUUGAAGCAACUAAAUAUGAAAAUGAUGAUGGUGAUAAUUCUGUGCAUGCAAAUUCAAAGUUUUCUCGGCCCUUGCAUGAAAUUACUUUUUCAACUGAUGACAAGCCAAAACUUCUUAGUCAGUUGACUUCAUUACUUGCUGAGAUUGGGUUGAACAUCCAAGAAGCACAUGCUUUCUCCACAGUUGAUGGCUACUCCUUGGAUGUCUUUGUUGUUGAUGGUUGGCCAUAUGAGGAAACAGAGCAGCUUAGAAUUGCAUUGGAAAAGGAAGUUUUUAGGAUUGAGAAGCAGAAUUGUUCGAAUCAUCAUUCAUUAUCACAUACUGAUAAGCAUGAGCAAACCCAAAUCAAAUAUGAUCCUGAACAUGUGGCAAUACCUAAUGAUGGAACUGAUGUCUGGGAAAUUGAUCCUAACAACCUAAAGUUUGAGAACAAAGUUGCAUCUGGAUCAUAUGGUGAUCUGUACAAGGGUACGUACUGUAGUCAGGAAGUAGCUAUUAAAGUCCUCAAACCUGAGCGUAUAGAUUCGGAUAUGCAGAAAGAGUUUGCCCAGGAAGUCUUCAUAAUGAGGAAGGUUCGACAUAAGAAUGUUGUACAGUUUAUAGGUGCAUGUACGAAGCCUCCAAGUUUGUGCAUUGUAACAGAAUUUAUGUCAGGUGGAAGUGUCUACGACUACCUACACAAACAGAAGGGUGUCUUUAAGCCCCCAUCCCUACUUAAAGUGGCAAUAGAUGUUUCUAAAGGAAUGAACUACUUGCACCAAAAUAAUAUAAUCCACAGAGAUUUGAAGGCUGCAAAUCUUCUCAUGGAUGAAAAUGAAGUGGUUAAGGUUGCUGAUUUUGGGGUUGCUAGAGUAAAGGCACAAUCUGGAGUUAUGACAGCUGAAACUGGGACCUAUAGAUGGAUGGCUCCUGAGGUCAUCGAACACAAACCAUAUGACCACAAGGCUGAUGUUUUUAGUUUUGGGAUUGUAUUAUGGGAGUUGUUAACCGGAAAGCUUCCAUAUGAGUACUUAACCCCAUUGCAAGCAGCUGUUGGUGUGGUCCAAAAGGGUUUACGACCAACAACUCCGAAGCACACUCAUCCAAAGCUGUCUGAGCUGCUUGAGAAAUGUUGGCAGCAAGAUCCAGCACUACGACCAGACUUCACUGAGAUCAUAGAGAUUCUGCAGCAAAUAGCGAAGGAGGUUGGGGAAGAAGGCGAGGGGCGCAAGGACAAAUCAUCCGGAGGAUUCCUAUCUGUGUUACGAAGGGGGCACCACCACUGAAGUAGAACGUAGGUAUAAAGAUGUUCAUAAGCUGAUGAAGAAAAGGUCUAAUUGAUGUAAGCCAUCUUUUCAUCUAUCUGGUCAUCAACGUGGUAAUAACAUUUUGUCCAAAUAAUCAAUCUUAUUUAAUAUUUUUGGGGAAUUCGAUACCAUUUUCACAUGGUUCGAUCACAGCAUUAAAUUCUGCAGUGAGGGGUUGUGCGGACGAGCUUUGUAAGAGUAACAAACCAGAUAUUUGGCGGCCUUAUAAUACACCAAAUAGUGUUCUUAUGAUUUUAUUAACAAUUCCUAUCGUUUGAUUAUUGCAA